AUGGACCCUUGGACACAUCCUGCUGUUGACCCCUGGAGAAACUAUCAGGGUGGGAACCCCUGGAAUGUUGCUGGCAUGUCAGGUUUUGGAACCUUUGCAACCUCAAACGGUGCGGCUUGUUCAGGAACGUUUUCAGGUGCAGGUGGGUACCAAGGUGGACCAGCUGGAGCUCCGCAGAUCUUGAGGCCGGAAGGCACCGCCACUGGAUCUUCGAUUCAUGGCACAGGUCAAGGUACUGCGGGUGACCGCCGGUUGCAACAACCGUGUAUGAGCCCAAUACCAGGAAUGCCAAUGAGCUCACCACCUUAUGUUGGGCAAGCCUCUCAAGGAGUCGGGUCGCAAUUUGGUGGUGGUCUCAGUGGGCAAAGUAGCGGCAAUGGAUGCCAAUCAGGUUUUGCUGGGAAUCUCUUGCAACAUUUAGAUGCCAAUGCAGCACCCCCUCAAACGAGGACAGUUGGAAGCGCAUUUGAGUUGUUUGGGAAGCCUGUGAAUUCGUUUGCUCACUCACCAAACUCGUCUCCGUCCACGCCACAGCAGCAGAAUGAAUUGAUGUUGAAGGCCCUCACGGCAGCUUUGAGUGGGGACAAGAAAUCCAUUCCCUCCUGGAAUGGCAGCGUUGAGACCUUGAGGCCCUGGCUUAGACAACUGAGCUAUUGGGAACUCGACAACAAUGUGCCUCGAAGUCGUUGGGGCAUCAAACUACUGCAGAGCUUCACUGAUGGUAGUGCACCUAGAAAGAUCGCCGAGACCCUCGACUUGAGCAUUGUUUUGUCGGAGCAAGGCUAUGGAAGCAUUCUGACAGAGAUUAUGACAAAGUAUGGACCAUAUCUUGAAGCAAUUGGUCCAGCAGCUGUUGAUCAUUUUUUCUACGGCUUUGAACGAUCUCGCCAGGAAAGUUUCAGCACCUACAUCGCUGCCAAGGAGAUUGCGCUUCAUGAACUUGAGGCACAACUGGGGGAGAAAGUCCCUCCUCGCAUAGCAGGUCGUGUGUUGUUGCUUGGAGCAAAUUUGUCGGAGCAGCAACGGGAGAAUUUAGCAAUCAGGUACAAUGCAUUGCUCAAAUUGCAAGAGCUCUUCGUCCUCUUGACCGAGGAUGAACCGGAAUCCGAUGGCGAGGGAAACCUCACCUAUUUGUUGUUUGAUCAGAGUCGUGAGUAUACGGAAGAAGAGACGCAGUACAUCUGGGCUUACAAUUCAGCAUAUAGAGAUGUUCGCAAGGACUUGCAAGCCCGUCGGAAAGGUAGACAGUACUUCAAGCCCAAGGAUUCAGCCUUCAGGAACAAGAAGGGAGGUGGCAAAGGCUCCAACAAGAGUCGCUUCUCUUCGAAAGGUCGUCCAGCAGAUCGAAGCAAGGGUUCAGUCAACAAGACAUUUGUUUCCACUGUUGGGUCUAUCACACCGGAAAACGUGUCGAUUCGGGCUGUGACUGAUGAGUGUUCACCGGACAUGUCACAGCUUGAAGAUAGCAGCAGCACCAAUCGUUGUUUUGUGAACAUUGCAACAGAGUUGGAACGCUCAAUCAGUGUGUUGGCCGGUGUGCAUACAGAUGGGCAUGAAGCAAUUGUCGACACUGCAGCAGAGGAGGCCGUCGUUGGGUCGACAGCUAUGCAAAAGUUGCGAAUGGCUUUAGCAAAGCAUGGUUUGCAACCUGUGGCGGCAACUGGUGCAUCUGUCAGUUGCUCAGGCAUUGGAGGAGCUGCGAAAAUUGCUGGUGUUUGGGACAUUCCAUUGGGAGUGGCUCGAACAAAUGGCUUGAUCCGAACCACAGAAGUUGAAGACCAAGGAUCGUUUUGCACUCCUUUCUUGCUGCCCAUCUCUUACCAAGAGCUGGUUGGGGCCACUAUCGACCUUGACAAAAGUAUUCUUCGGCUACGGAAUGGUCGCAAGACCAUGAUGAAGAGGACUCCUUCAGGACACAGGUCAAUUUCUGUGCUGGAGUUCAAUGGUCGUUGGUCACUUCCAGACUCCUUGAAGUCCGAGUUGAAGAUUGGUGUUGACAAUCCUUUCCUCCUGCCCGCUGACAAGAAGUCGGAUCGGUUUCAACAGAAGCCUGGAGUGGCAGUGUGGUUGAAAAAGGGUCAAGAGACAAUCUUCAUGGGCUUGUUGGAUGGACCUCGCAGAGCACUGGUGCAUUCUCAUGAGGCUGGCAUCGGCUCACAAAUUGGCGAGAAGAUGCAGCUGUUGAUUCAGUGUCGCAUCCUCAGAUUUUUGGCUCACUGGUUCAAGCCGCUGAUCGAGCUCCUGACGAUGAAAGCCAGAAUCACCGAAUGCAUCAAGAAGGAAGAACAAGAGACCACGGUGAUCAAGAGGGAAGGGCCUCGCACCACCUAUCAGCAGAGGAUCAAUGCUUGGUUCCGGAUGGUGCGUUUGAUUCUGAACCUCAUUACCCAUGCCAAUCAGGAGUACGCGGCCAACUACCUGAUGACCAGGCACAGCCUCGAGGAGAUGCACGAGGAAGAUCGUGCGAGGGACGACAAGCGCCGACAGAUGGAGCGAGAGAAGGAGCGGCAGAAGAAUCGCGUGAUCAGGCGAGGAAUUGGGCAACCGCUUUCUCGAUCGGUCGCCUGCAAGACUUGGCAGUUCGAGCCAGCCAAAUGUGUCCAUCCAGACGACCAUUUGCGACAGAGAGCCGGCCGCGGUCAUUUCUGGUGGACAUGUCUCGCCUGUGGCUCCAGAUGGGAGCGUCUCGAAGCCUCGGCGGACAAAGCCAUCAACCAGCCGGAGGCAAGUUCAAGCUCAGGUCAAGUCGCAUCGCAGGUGGUGACAGUCAAGUCCACAUCCACCACGGCAUGCCCUCAGGUAUUGCCAGCACCCCGGUACCGUCCGGACCUCAGCGAUCUGACCUGUCAGGAAGAAUCCACCAAGCCUCGCAAGACCAUCAAGGACUUCCUCAUGGCAGCGCAAGACCAACCGCCCUCCAAGACUCAGGGUCCCAUGCCUAUCGUCAAGGACGAACGGUCGCCAUCGCCCCGUCGUCGACUGACCAGUGGACAGCGACCAUCUCAGGAGAGGGCACGGCAGAAGACCCAUCCGGCAUCGCCAGGUCCGAGGGAGCAGUACGAGAUCCACUCUUCCGGGGAGGAGGACAACCCCUGGGACGAGAAGGCUGCAACCAGCCCCAAAACAAAGGGGACUGGAAAAGCAGCCCUUCUUUCAGUGUUGGUGUAUAUGAGUGUGUUUCACCAGAAGGUCACAGGCGACCAGUUUUUGCAGAGUUUAGGCACCAUGGAAGAGUCCUCCAGUCCAUCAGAGGGCCCAUCCGUGGAUCCCGCCUUGUUUCAACCCAAAACUAUCAAGCUCACUCCAAGCACGUUUGAAUUGGGGAGCACGGAUUUUGACACACCUCCUCAGUGGCUUGGAAAACAAGACAGAGCCAUUUUGGCAAACUCAAUUCGUAACUAUGUGGACCAUUGUGCUGAGCUGUUCAGUCCACCACGCAUCGUUCCCGUAGCAAAGAAAGCCGGACUUCGAGCAUCACUGUCAAUGGAUCUGACAACCGGCUAUGAUUUUCUUUUGAGGCAGGAUCGGGAGCGGGCAUGGAGAGAAAUCAAGAAGAACAAGCCAGCCAUCAUCUUGCUAUGUCCACCAUGCAGAACGUUCUCACCUCUCCGCUUCCUUUCAACGUUCAGGAGAAAUGUAGACCAGGUGAGAGAGGAGGAAGCUGAGGGAGAUGAGUUGCUAGAUUUUGCACUUGAUGUCAUCGAUUACCAACUCAGUCAGGGUCGUGGGUUCUUGUUUGAACAUCCCAAGCCAUCCCAAGCUUGGAAGAAACCUCGCAUGGUCAAGCUUCUCGAAAGGCCAGAUGUUUUUCGAGUGAUCGCAGACAUGUGCCAAUUUGGCCUUCGAGUGGCUAAGGGACCACUGAAAGGACUUCCGGCGCAAAAGAGAUCAGGACUGGUCUCAAACGUGAUUGAAGUCCUGGACUUUGUGAACCACAGGUGCCAGAAAGAACAUCGCCAUGGAAAGCUGAUUGGCGGAGUGGCCCAGUUUGCUCAGGAGUACACUCCAACCUUUGUCCAGUCAGUGGUGUGUGGCAUCAAGGAGGCUUUGGGCUUCAAAGUCUCUGAAUUGGAUCGCAAAGGUGCCACCAACUCCCCAAAACAGCAAGACCCAGGACGCAAGACUGGACGUGCCAUCGGUGCCAUCCUGCAUCAAUAUGCCGUUGAAACCAAGGAACUUGAGGAGCUGAUCCCUAAUGAAGAAGAAGCCGGGUCAGAGGAGUGCCUAAGAUACCUCACGCUCCUCACUGUCGAGCUCUUCGUCUUUGAAGAACUCUUCCAAGCAGUCCAGCAGUAUGGCAUCGAUCCAACGAAUGACAUCGCUCUCACGAAUGACCUCAACGUCUUCAAGAGGGCAAAGGAAGGAAACAAGUCAGAGGUCACCAAUGAUGAAGAGUACACGCCAUCCAUGGCGCCCGAGAAUCCAGAAGAUUUACCUCAACCUCCUGAGGAGGAGUUUUCAGCAGAAGAUGCAGUUCGGGCUCGAUUGAGAGAUGUGCGUCGAGAACCAAAGGUUCAGGAAGCUCUUGAACAAGUUGAGGACUUCAGAAAAGUAAAGGAAGGUGAAUUCUCCUUGGCGCCCCACCUUCGCCGGGAAGUUCACAAAGUGCACAGAAACCUUGGUCAUCCAGCCAAGGAAGUUUUUCUUCGAGCUAUGCGCCAUUCAGGUGUGAAGCACCAUGUCUUAGACUGGGUGCGUCACCACUUCAGAUGCCCAGCCUGUCAAGCCCGAGAGAGACCCAAUCCUCAACGACCAGGCCAUUUGUUGCGAGCUCUAGAGUUUGGGCAGAUAGUGGGGCUCGACUUGCUAUACAUUGAAAUAGAAGGCGAGCUCAAGACAUUUCUCAACAUGCUGGACUGGGGCACCAAUUUUCAACAGGCAGCCCUCUGCCAGAACCGGACCGCUCAAGAGGUCCAAACAGUUUUUCUCAAUCAAUGGGUGCAACAUUACGGUCCACCCAUAGUGGCCGUGACGGAUCAAGGACCUGAAUUUACAGGCCAGCGAUUCCAGGAGGAGAAGUUCAAGGCGGUGUACCAUGCCGCGUCCGCAACCAAAGAUGAAGUCCCCAUGGUUGUGGCUGAAGUGGCGGCUUGCCGAAACAGGUUCAUGGACAGAUGGGGAUUCUCCCCAAUGCAGAGAGUCUUUGGAAAGACACUUCGGAUGCCGGCAAGUCUUCUCUCCUCUGACGUCCUCGACCAGGAACUCAUGGAGCUGGCGGCGACUGACCCCAUUCGACGCCAGUGGAAGAUUCAAGAACUAGCCUCACAAGAGUGGUUGAGAAGGCAAGACCGCUCGGCAAUCCAGAGAAGUGUCCAUAGCAAGGCACGCAACACCGACAAGAAAGAUUUCAAGCCAGGCCAAUGGGCUUACGUCUUCAGAUCCACACCCCAGUUUCGGGGUUGGGCAGGCCCAGGUGUCCUCCUGACGGAGAUCGCCUAUCAAGAUGUGACCCAAGAUGAAAUUCCCAAUGAAAGCGACUUCCAAGAGGAGGAGCUUCUUCGACUCUUUCGCAUCGAGGACCCAGGUGCACCAUCGCAGGCAGCUCCAGCCAUUGAGGACGACGAGGACAUGACUAUGACUGAAUCCACUCACCUGGAUGAUCAACCAGCACCAAGCACUCAACCAUCCAGUCGAGCACCAAGCAAAGAAGAGCCAUCAAGACCUUCGGCGCCACCAAGCCGGGGAGUAAGCUUUAUGGAUUCAGCUAUGGACCCAGAGACUCCACAACUUCAAGAUAUCCCUGAAGAAGACCAAGUCAUGGAAAGCGCAGAGAGGACUGAUGAAGUCAUGCGAGAAGAGGAGCCCGAGACGCCAAGUUUGCCAAGCGGGCCACCUCCAGAGCUCGCAUCACCCAUCCGGGUGGAUGAAGGCAGCAGCGGAAGUUUUCGCUUUGGGCCAGCGCCUCGAGCGAGAGAUGACCGCCCAACUCCAUAUCCUUUCUUUGAGGCACCGCCAUCACUACCAAGGCCUCCAGGCCAUUCCUUGUUUGUGGACUUCACCGACUUUGACAAGGCUGAAGAUCUGCAAGGCUUGGGCAUUACUGGCAGUUUCGUCGGCGCAACUUGGCGCUACGACCGGGAGCAGCGAAGGCAGAUCUUGCAACCACACAAGAUCCACUCCACCAAGACCUUUUGGUCACACAGUGCCGAAGCAAGCUUCGACUACAAUGACAGGUGCGUGUAUGUGUCCAAAGCCAAAUCCUCGUUUGGACAGGUGGAGUUCUCAAAGCUGCCAGAAGAAACGAAAGUCCAGUUCCGGGCCUCCCGAAAGAAGGAGAUGGACAGUCUGAUCAAGAAUCAAGCAGUGCGCAUCCUGAGUGUCGAAGAAAGCCUUGAGUUCGCCCGACUUCACCCCAGUCAGAUCAUCGACUCGAAGUUCGUCGAUCGCUACAAGCCAAAGAGUGUCGAGCUUUCUACACUGGCUGAAUAUAAGCGAAGGGCAAUUCAAGAAGGGCACCUUGAAGCCAUUGAGCUUGAGCAAGAUCAGCAAAACCCCAAGAGCCGCCUGUGCGCAGUCGGUUGGCUGGAUCCUCAGAUCCAUGAGGUUGAAAGAAGUGCACCUACACCCUUGUCAGCAUCAAUCCACUGUUGUUUGCAACUCAGCGCUACCAGACGCUGGAAGACAAAGGUGAAGGAUGUGAAGACAGCCUUUUUGCAAAGCCUGCCGACGACUCGUUCCAAGAUGCUUGCUUGCCGGCAACCCAAGGAUGAACCUCUACCUGGCUGUGAUCCAAGGCAAUUGAUUCUUCUCCUGACGGAGAUCUAUGGCCUUGUUUCCGGGCCGUCGUGGUGGAGGAGAACGCUGUUGAAGCUGGCAACUGAAGAGCUUCACUACAAGGUGAACGAGUAUGACAAAUGCGUCCUCACCUUGCCAGCUCCAAGCAAGGGCACUGGACAUGGAAAAGAGCUCACAGCGGGCUAUAUGGUGAUCGAAGUGGACGAUAUCAUCGAAGCCGGAGGACCAGAGCAUCAGAAACUGAUGGCAAAGGUGGAAAAGCUUUUGACCUUUGGAAAGAUUGAGGAGCUCUACAGCAGUGAAGGCACCAGCUACGCUGGAAGAUAUCUUCGUCAACUUGAAGAUUACAGCUUUGUUGCCCACAUGGAAGAGUUCAUCUACACUCGCUUGGAGCCAAUCACCAUGGCGAGAAAAGUCCUGAAGAAGGACGCUGAUCGAAUUCCUCUCAAUGAGAAAGAGAAGACGCAGUUGAGAGGGCUCAUCGCCAGUCUCAAUUGGGUGGCAAGAGAGUCUCGUCCAGACGCUGCUGCAGGAGCCUCAAUUCUGGCAUCAGCCUUUCCAGAGCCAAAAUUCUCUCAUAUCCUCCAGGCAAACGAUUUGGUGCGUCACUUGAAGACGUUCCCGCUGGAGUUGAAGAUACACGCCAUUGAGGAGUCCAAACUUCGACACUUCUUGAUUGCCGAUUCGGCGUUUGAUAUGUCAGGAAAAGAAAAGUCACAGUUUGGCUUCCUCAUGGGCUUCACCACACCAGCCUAGCGAAUGAAG